AUGUAACAUUAUUCCGAAUUUAUUUGUCCACAAAAUUUUCGCAAUUUAGCGGAUUGGAUUUAUGGUUGGCCAAAUGGUGUUUUUGAUGAAAAGAUAGAGACCACCACGACUAAUGGAUAUCAUCUUGCACCUUGUCUACCAUCCGGUAGUAUUAUAUAUGUCAAAACUGAUUAUCUAGACAAUUUUUUUCAUUCUAUUUAUCCAUAUUUGACUAACAGAUUUGUUCUUAUUACAGCUCAAGGAGAUGCAUCAGCUCCUAAAAAAUUUCUCUCUUAUCUUCAUCAUAUUGAUUCAAAAAUAAUUCAUUGGUUUGGUCAAAAUGCUGAUAUAGAAUCUUCACAGAGUGAUAGAUUUACUCCUAUUCCUAUUGGUCUCAAUUGUUAUGAAAUGGCAAAUGGAAUUCGACAUAUAUAUGAACAAAAUCCAAAUCAUACGCUCCCGUCAAUAUUCGGUGGUCAAGACGAACCUCAGCAAUACGUACACCUUCUAGACGUGACACAUAAAAUAUUGAAUGGAUAUCCUGCUAAACAACUUUUACUCGUAAAUUUUCAACGACUGACUGAUCCAACGGGUAUUCGUUCACGUAUUUGGAAAAUUCUCUGUGAUCAACAACAAUAUACUUCUACAUUUGUUGUAUGUAUAGACAAACCGGAUGGAGUUAAUAUAUCAGGCCUUCCAACUAUUUAUACUCGUAAUCGUCGAUAUCCAUUCUGGCUUUCUCCACGUGGUAAUGGACUUGAUUGCCAUCGAACAUGGGAAGCAUUAUAUUUAGAUGUAAUUCCUAUUGUCUGGAAUUCGACAUUAAAUCCUCUCUAUGUUGAUCUACCUAUCAUAGUUCUUAAUGAUUGGAGCGAACUUACUGAACAAUUUCUUCGUGCUAAACUGAACGAAAUAGCAACAAAUAAGAUUAAAAAUUCAAGUUUUUACCGAUUAGAUAAAUUACGAUUUAGUUAUUGGCGGCGUUUAAUUUUAAAUAAAUCAAGACAUUCAGUAACAGCUACAAAACGAGAAAAUUAUUGUUGGCGUGCUAAAAUUGCGGAGUGCUGUAAAAACACCAAAAUAAAAAGGACCGAAAGAAGAAAUAAAAAAAAUUUCAAUCCUUAA